GGUUUUUCCUCCUCCUCCUUAGCGGAGGCAGUAGCAGAAGCAGGAGAAGCGAGAGAGGAUCCGGUGCCGAAGUGCGGGUGGGAUGCCGCCCUGUCUGCGCAGCUGAAUCAUUCCUCCCUCGUCUUUCCUCCGCCUGUCCGAACCAUCCGCGCUGCUGCUCCUGUCUGCACUCAAUCCGCUCUGUCUGUCUCCCUCGCCUCUGUCUGUCCCCCAUGAGCUUGUUCGCUUCUUUGCUUUAGGGUUUGGUUUGCGUUCGUUUCCCCCUCUUGGAGCUCGGAUUCUGCUGGAACUCCCUCGUCCUGGAUUUACCGAAAUGACGGAGUCAAGGAAAAAGGAGAGGACCCGUUGGACGAAGAUCACUGCUCUUGUUUGAAGGCUUACCAAUCUACGCUGGCACAUUCCUCAGACCAAAUGAUAGGAUUUUGUCACAAACUAGGUCCAUCGCGGUGUGGUGCGUCACAUAGCAGCCGAGAAAGUAUUGCUAGGCUGCUGUUCAUGUGUUUAUAAAUCGGAAGGAGGUAUUUACAAUCAUGUAUGUCGCUUACGGAUGGCCCAAAUUGCUGUCCAUUGAUAGUAGCUCUCCCCAGCCUGUUGUGCACGUGUCGGUGCAUUCAGGCUGGUUGCUACUAGUGACGGCUGCACAGGUUCAAGUGUGGAGUGCGGAGCAGCACACAACGAAGUUGGGUCAAUUCAAGAGAAGUUUGAUUUCCCGCGAGGGUUCGAACGUAUGUGCCAUCUGGAGUGCUAAAGACAAUACUGUAGCUGUCCUGACAUCCGAGAGUUAUCUUCACUUUUAUCGUAUCCAAGUGUCCGAAAAGCAGCUGCUAUCGAGUAUUCACAACAACUUGGAGCUUCCAUUAGUCAGUGUGAUAUUGUCAAUCAGUGUCGAUGCUGCAUUGUACAGCCGCACAGUUACAGUGAGCUGCAUUGCAGGUGAUGAGUUUAGCAUCAUAUUGGGGCUUUCAAACAAUUAUCUCAGGAUUGUGUCUUGGGAUGGGGAGGUUCUUGGAGUCUCAGAUGUUCUGGACGAAUUUGUUUCAGCUUCUGAUACAAGUGUACUAGAGGCCAGUACGGUCCCGGUUUCGCCGAGUGGUCUUGUCCAUCAAUCCUCUUUCCCAUUAUCUCCUCGUCUCCCAAUCAUUCCAUCACCAUCUAGAGAGACAAGGGUACAUAAACCAUCUAGUUUGUCACAACUUCAAGUUUCAGUCGAGUUGCAGUUAUUAGUUGCAAUUUUCACCGAAGGAGUCGUAGCUCUUUGUACUAUCAAUGAGAAGGGCCCAAAACGAUGCUCUGAAAUAUCUCCAGAGAGAUGGGUAGGUGUUGUCGAUGCGUCGUGUGCAUCAAUUGCCCACGAUCAGCAGAUCCUUGCAGUUGGGACCAGACGGGGAACAUUGGAGCUUUUCAAUUUGGCAGAUGGUGCAUCUUUUCUUCGUACAAUUUCUUUGAUCGAUUGGGGAUAUUCCUUGGAAGACACGGGACCAGUGUCUCAAAUCGCUUGGACUCCAGACAAUCGUGCGUUUGCAGUUGGAUGGAGGAACAGAGGCUUGUCAGUGUGGUCUGUCUCUGGAUGCCGAUUGAUGUGCACGAUUCGGCAAGGUAGCUUGAGCAAUUCUCAGUCACCGGCUCCUGGAGUUGACAAUGAGAGAUCCAUGAGUGAGCCUAUGGUGAAAGGUGUGGCCCUACUGGCUUGGGGACGUUAUGCAUAUGAACUUUUUGCUGUCGAGAGAGGCAGCACACUGCGGUUUUUUGAGUUCCGUUUCGCGAAAAGUCCGGCAAGCCAGAGUAUUGCUGCAACUACCGAUGCGUGGCAGUUAAUGCACGGGGCAGAUCGCGUUGUACUGGUUCAAUCUGACGAGAGCGGUGACAGCAAGAACCACCACCUUAUCAUUCCUCAACCCUAUAUUUGGGACAACUGGCCAGUGGUCCACGUUUCAGGUAAUGAAGAUGGGAGUUACCUUGCCAUAGCUGGCGGCAAAGGUUUGCUUCUUCACGAUUUGCAGAUGAAGAAGUUCCGAGUUUUCGGUGAUGUGUUGCAAGAACGGCAGGUGCAUUGUGUUGGUGUAAUUUGGGUGGGGAAAAUAGUGGUUAUUUGCAACUAUCGGGAGAAAUCAAAUUGGUUCGAAUUGUGUCUUUACCCACGAUACCAUCUGGAUGAGGCCUCUUUGCUUUGUCGCAAGCAGCUUCCAGGAAAGCCCAUAGCAAUGGACGUGUGGCAAGAUUAUAUUCUUGUUACUUGUUCCCCAUUUGAUAUUUAUGUUUUCAAGGUACAUAUUCAGGGCGAGCUGUCUUCCCGGAAUACUGCAACAGUACAGCUCUUCACAGUUCGUGAACUUUCAAUCAUGAGUACGAGGAAAUUUCCAGUGGCAGUGCACUUCGUUCCAAACAGUGGACCUUGGCGUGAAGGUUUUAAAAUUAAUCCUUGGGAUAGCCCCCGUGUCGGACCUAGCAUUUAUCAUUUCAGCGAGUCACCUGGCGAAGCUGCUAUGCAACCUACUAGAUGUGUGAUCCUCCGCACAGAUGGGGAGCUUUCAUUGCUGGAUUUGGAUCAUGGUAAUGAACGUCGCAUUCUUACAGGAGUGGAACGUUUUUGGUUAGGUGACUAUCAAGCAAAAGAAGAAACUGACCUACUCAAAGAGGAUCCAUGCUGGGCUUAUGGUCCUCAAGGCAUGCAGGUCUGGUAUUUUCCAUCGAAUGCUAACAUUAUCCAAAGUCCAAGUGUUAAACAGCUGGAGCCCGAAUUAGAUUUCGAUAGGGAAGUCUACCCUCUUGGUAUAUCUUCAGCAGCAGGAAUUAUUGUGGGAAUUACACAGCGACUUACUCUUUCGGGGGGAAUACCCUUGCCCUGCUUUGAACCUACUCCACAAGCGCAACCCAUUCUCCCGUUUAUUCUGUGGCACCUGCUUCAGAGAAAUAAGUCAGAGGAGGCACUUGAGCUGUCAAAAUUGUCAGAAGGCUUACCCCACUUUUCACAUUCCUUGGAGAAGCUUUUAUUCAUCGUCUUUGACGCAGCUAUGUCAAGUCAGUCGAUCAAUAGAAGAAGAGGAAGGAACAUUGCAGUGAAGCGAACAGUCUUUUUAUUACUGCAACAAGUCUGCAAUUUGAUACAUAACUUUCCUGAGUACCUGGAUGUCUUGGUGAGCGUGGCACGAAAGUCCGAUAGUAGGCACUGGCCCGAGCUUUUUGCUGUUGCUGGGAAUUCAACCACGUUAUUUGAGGAGUGCUUAGAGAAGGGUUUAUAUCGAACAGCCUCGUGCUACAUACUGGUGAUUGAGAAGCUAGAGGGCUCGAUCAUUAGCCAGCACUGCGCUGUUCGACUUCUUAAAGCCACACUUGAAGUUUCUCAGUAUGAGUUGGCUGGUGAACUGGUGCGGUUUUUGCUCCGGGGUGGUAGAGAGAGCGAAGCACAAGAGGAGGAGGUUGUCCGGUAUGAGAACGGACUUGUGUCGUCCUUACUGGAGUUGAGCAUUAGUAAACCAGGGUUUGGUGAUGAACAAAAUCUUGCCGUUGUAAAGACCGCUCUUGAAGAACAUGUCAGUCUCUUGAUGAGGACUUUGGAGCUGCGAAAACUGGUUGCAUUUAUCAAUGCCACCCACUUUGAUUUCAAUGCUUUUCUUAGAACAGAACGAGGUACAGCAGCUCGUUUGGAGGACUUCGCUUCUGCAUUACUAACUGCCGGCCAAAAACUCUUUAUACGUGAACUGGAGAGUUUCCAAGAACUGGAAUUUUUGCUGUCACAUAUGCGCACUGUUGGUUUCCAGGAAUGGAUAGCGCUGCUUGCUACACUUCUUCGACAAGUUGAGGUUCUGGUCGAGACAUUUCAGGGAGAUAAACGGGUGUGGUUGGCCUACAAGCACACUCUACAGGUAACUUCCGUCCAGUAUACUUGCAUGGACUGCCCAUAUCUUCAUGUGAUGUCUUUUCUGUACUGCCUAAUUGUGAGGAAUUGUUAUGGAGGAGAUUUAGUGUUCUCAGUAGUCACCUUGUACGCCAUUAAAAUGUCUAUUAAAUGUCCGACUUCCAGGGUUCACCCGUGUUUGCGGAGCAGUAUGCGGAUUUCCUUGUUGCUCUUGAACAUGAAAUGUCAGCGACAAAUUUAUCACAUUAAUCAAUCACUUUUCUGUACACAUAUCGUGCUUUUCCACCACCUGUUCCAGGCUUUGGUCUUGAUGUAAACUAUCAAUUUUCCAGUUGUAUAUAUGUGGCUGGGUACUUUAGGAACCAGGCUAUGGAAAUGGUGGUGAUUGUGUUGUCAUCUUCAAGGUUCUGACAUGCGUCAGCAAAUUGCUGUACUUUCAUAAGCUUAUGAACAUUUAUCCACACUUUCGAGUAUGCA